AUGUUAGCGAUGAUACGGGAGUGUGCGGUGAUGACGGUAAUCAACUUGGCGAUGACAGCGAUGGUAACUAUGGCAUAUCACGACGAUAUUGAAGCUGGGCUUGAAGUUGAUAACCGUGGAUGCCAUGGUGGUGAUGGCGAUGUAGGAGCAUACGAUGGCUUCAAAAAUGGCAAUGACAGUCACGAUGGUCGCCUGUCUAUCCGUGGCCAAACUCGGCGACGAUCCUUUCAUGCCGAGGGGACGAACACCAG